GGGUGGGGCGGUGCGUGGUGUUAUCCCCCCCGCACUGAGGAGCCCGAGGUCAGUGCGGCUCCCUCCCUCGCUCCUCCCUCUGCUCCGGCGGCGGCCUCCCUCCGGCUGCUCCUCCGCGCCGCCUGCCAGUCCGCGCUGGGGGGUUCGCCGGCGGCUGGCUCGGUGCCGCGGGGCAGGGGCCAGGGGUUGGAGAGCAGCAGGGAGCAAACAGGAUGCAGCCGCCUCCUCCCGCUCCCCCGGUGCCGGCUCCGUUAGCCGUGUUGGAUCCCACAGGACAGUUUGCAAAACGAAAGAAGACUUCGCUUUGGUUCACAGUUUCUCUGCUGGUAGUGUCUGUGUUCGUACUGACCAUAGGACUUGCAGCUACUACAAGAACAGAAAAUGUUACCGUUGGAGGCUAUUACCCAGGAAUCAUUCUUGGCUUCGGAUCUUUCCUAGGGAUUAUUGGAAUCAACCUGGUAGAGAACAGAAGGCAAAUGUUGGUAGCAUCCAUCGUGUUUAUCAGCUUUGGAGUGGUAGCAGCAUUCUGUUGUGCAAUAGUUGAUGGAGUCUUUGCCGCACGACAUAUAGACCCUAGGCCUUUGUACACUAGAAGGUGUCAGUUUUAUUCAAGUGGAAUAGGAUUCUUAUACGAUGCCUACCAGACAGAGGUAACGUGUUACACCUUAAACAGCAAGUGCCAGCUGAGAGUAAAGAGCAAUACAUGCUAUUGCUGUGACCUGUACAAUUGUGAAAAUUCAGAACAGUCAGCCAGCUACUACGAGUUUCUUGGAGUGAACAGCUGUCAGGAUGUGGUUCACUUGUAUCGGCUGCUGUGGGCCUCCACAGUCCUGAACAUCAUUGGCUUGUUUCUUGGGAUAGUCACGGCAGCCAUACUUGGGGCCUUUAAAGACAUGCAGGCACCUCUGUCCCAAAUUGCCUUUAGUUCUGCCCCUCCUCCUCAGAUCUUGUACAAUCCAGCCCAGCAGAUCCUGACAUAUGCCAGUUUUUGUCCCUCUGCAGCAGCUAUUCCUGCAUAUCCAUCCUAUCCUUUACCUUUCCAGGGGUGUUGUGCAGAUAAAAAUUAACUAAUGUUGGUGAAGUGCUCAGAUACUACAAUGAUGAAGGCCAGGAAAGUAAAGUAAUAAGCACCACAUAAAAGCCUGCAUGCCUGAAAAUGAUACCCUACAAUCUUAGAACUUCAGAUUCUGAAAACUGAAUAUGGUCAUUUAAUUCACCACAAUUACUCUUGUGUGUAUUAUAGACUGUAAUGUGCUAGAGAGAGUCUAGUAAUCAGGGCUCAUUUUCAGCUGGCAAUGGACCUAUGACUUUCUAAAGAUUAUCAUUAAGUUCAAAUCAGUAUGAGCUGAGUAUGAGCUGGUGUGAAGAACAACCAAAAGAUAUGACAAAGAAAAUAACUAAACUGAAGAGAUGCAUAUUAAGUAUUUAGUGUUCUGCCACAUAAAAACCCCCUCACCUUUCAAAAAUAAAUGUCACUAUUUUAUCCAAAAUUCUUCAAUGUUUUAAAAAAAAAAACUACUUUAUAUUUUUCCUAUAUUGUUAAAUAUUUUUGGAAGUGUGUUCAUUUGCCUUUUCAUGACAAUCAGAGGCAGGAAUCACCUGCACAUCAGGAGAGAUCAGAUACAAGCUUUAGCCUCCAUAGGUGAAAGCUAUUAAUCCUUCUGGAAAAAAACAGCCUUGCUCCAUGUAUGAGAUAAUCAAAUUGCUGUGUGGAGGGAAUUAGUUACAGCACUAGUAUAAAGGCUUAUGUAUGUGAGCAAACUCACGAUUGGUGAAGAUGUUCAGAGCAGGCUCUCUAAUAAUCAUUUCCAUUUUGGGACAUUUUAUAAAUAAUCUGUUCUGAAGUGGCCAAAUUCUUAGACAUUACCCACCUCCACUACUGAGUAAAUCUUUAGUCCUAACCCAAAGCUUAGCUCACAUUUCCAGAAAGCAAAAAUGACAGUUACCACCUACUGGUCUCCUUUCACAUAUAAACCUAAUCAAAUUGAGGGUGCUGUGUUAGUUAUUUGUACAGGCAGUUUUGACAAUUUUGCUCAUGUUCUAAGUCCCAUUUUCAAAAGUGACGUAGGGCGAGAUGUACAAAGGGAUGUGGAAGUUGCAAUGCUCAGCAUUGCAGUGUCUAACUCCCCACCUCCACCUGAGGUGCCCAGGCUCCCAUGCAAUGAAAGAGGAGUUUUCUACCUCAGAACGGGAUCUUCAGAGAGCUGAGUUGGAAGCUGGCUCCACAGCAGGAGUCUAGUAGCCCAGAGAGCCAUGGAUCCCGCUGGCAUUCUCAAGGCUUCCAGGCUCCUUACUACAGGGCCAAGGCUCCCAGCUCGUGCAGAUACCCUAGAAGCCCUGAAGCCACCCAGACUUCCCAGGAGUACCUGCUGCAGAGUUUGGAGCCCAGCAGUGAUGCUGCCACCCAGGGAUUAGGGCACUAAUGUGGGAGACACGCAUUCAGGCAGAGCAGGGAUCUGAAGUUGGGUCUCUCACAUCCCAGCUGAGUGCCCUAACCACUAAGUCAAGACACACACACCUGUCUUUUGUGUGGGACCGGACUCUGUGGGUGUGCUCAGAGUUAGAGGCCGAAAGAGACGGAGUUUCCAUGGGUAGGUAUAUGCAAAGCCACCUAAGCACUAUGUGGAGUGCUUUGUGGACUUAGCCCUUGGGAGCUUAAGUAAGUCCCAGUGAGUCUCUAUGAGACCUAGACUCACAAGGGAUCCUCAAAGGUAUUUAGGCACCUAAUUCCCAUUGACUUCUAGAGGCCUAAAUACAUUUGAGGAUCUGGGCCUAAGUUCCUAACUCUGGAAAAUGGGAUUUUGACAUGGGGUUAAAUUAUUAAAAGUGCCUGUCUCUGGUUGGUUAAGUAACAGCUAAAAAUUCAGGGACUAGACCUGAGUCCACACUGCGCUAAUCUCAACUG